GGGUUUCUGAAAUGAGAGAUCAAACACCAGCAGAGAGUCAGAAGUUCUCUGUCAGUGGAAUGCUGCUCCUGCUACUUGUAUUGCUAGCAGUUCUCUUCCCAGGUGGGGACAAUCUGGAAGCCUCCCAGAGUUCGACCUCAUUCCAUGUCAUGCAAAUCUCAUCCUUUGUCAACAGCACCUGGACACAGAAUCGUGGCUCAGGCUGGCUGGAUGAUAUGCAGAUUCAUGGUUGGGAUAGUGACACAGGCACUGCCAUAUUCCUAAAACCAUGGGCAAAGGGGAACUUCAGCAGUGAGACCAUUCUGAUGCUGGAGGAGAUCUUCCGAGUCUAUUUCUUUGUAUUCACCAGUGAAGUGCAGGAUCAUGUCAAUGAGUUCGAGUUGGAAUACCCAUUUGAGAUCCAGGGUUUAGCAGGCUGUGAGCUGUACGCUGGGGGAGCCAUCAUGAGCUUCUUGAGGGGUUCUUUAGAAGGACUGGAUUUUCUGAGCCUUAAGACAGGUUGGCCCUCCCCGGAAGGUGAACUCAGGGCACAGAAAUUCUGCACAGUAAUCACAAAGUACAAAGGUAUCUGUGAAACAGUGGAGAAGCUGCUAUUAGAAACAUGCCCCCAAUAUCUCCUGAGCCUCUUGGAAGCUGGGAAGGCAGAUCUGCAGAAGCAAGUGAAGCCUGAGGCCUGGCUGUCAAGUGGUCCUAGUCCUGGACCUGGCCGUCUGCUGCUGGUGUGCCAUGUGUCUGGAUUCUACCCAAAGCCCGUGUGGGUGCUGUGGAUGCGGGGUGAGCAGGAGCAGGAAGACACUCAGCAAGGUGACAUCCUGCCCAACGCUGAUGGGACGUGGUAUCUCAGAGCAACCCUGGAUGUGGCAACUGGGGAGGCAGCUGGCCUGGCCUGCAGGGUGAAGCACAGCAGCCUAGGAGGGCAGGACCUCAUCCUCUACUGGGGGCACUCCCUCUCCAUUGGCUUGAUCGUUUUGGCAAUUACAGUGCCCUGUGUGAUCAUUUUGCUGGGACUUGCAUUGUGGUUUUGGAGGCGCAGGUCAUAUCAGGACAUCCAGUGAGCACUCAUCAUGUCUUCUCCCCCAUCAUGUCUUGGUACUUGGAAUAAGUACCAAGAAGUCCAGAAACUUAGGAUGUCAGCCCGGGAGUCAAUCCUGACACAUUUUAUCAAGUAAUCAUCCAUGUUGAUCAAAUCAUUUUCCCCAUACAUUGCAAAAAGAUCAUAAUUUAUAUCCAAUCAGAAAAACAAUUACGAACAGUGAAUUUAUUUUGAAAUGCUGUCAGAAGUAGUACCCACUCAGAUUUCAUCAUUGCUAGUACAUAUUAUGAAUUUCUUGAGAGUUUUAAAUAUUUUUUAUCCAGUAAAUAUGUGACUUGCACUUUAAUGCUUUCCAAAAGGCAAAACAAAAUUAUGUGUCCUUAACUUCCCUGUUUUGCAUGCAAUGUAUACACGUGUAUUCAGUUUUAUAAUGUUUCGUUUUGGGUUUUACAUCUAUAUUCAUGUAAUUCUAACAAUAUCCUCAUUAGGUAUUGAUAUUAAGAAUUUGACUACAUAAAAUUAGAUGAAAAAUGGUUGUUUUUUUUUUCUUUCUGGUGUGUGGCAUUUGUAUGUAGUUAUUUUUAUUUACAUUUUGUGUGUGUGUGUGCGUAGAUUUAGUGGAAUUCACUAGUGUCGUCAGGUGUUGGGAAGUUUUUUUUUUUUUUUUAAAUAGAAAAGUAUUAAAUUUUGUGGCCAGUUGGUUUUAUGUUUUUGCACCAGGGAUUGAACCCAGGGGUGCUUAAGCACUGAGCCACAUCCCCAGCACCCUCCCUCCCUUUUGUGAGACAGGGUCUCUCUAAAUUACUUAGGGCCUCGUUAAGUUGCUGAUGCUUGCUUUGAACUUGUGAUCCUCCUGCCUUAGCCUCCCCAGCUGGGAUUUGUGGCCAGUUUUUGAGAAUAUUUCUAGCUUUUCUUACUGUGUAUUCAGAAUUUUAUUUUUUUUUUUGUCAGAUAUGAUAAGUUUCAAAUAUUUUGUACAAGUCAUCCAAAUCAUGCAAUUUAUUUUCAGUUUUUUCCUUCUACUUCUUUCAGGAUUAAUUUGCUUUCAUUGUUCUAGUUUCUUGAUGGAAAUCCCUAAGUAUCUAUUCUCCCAUAUUUGCUUGAUUUAAAGGCUACGAAUUUUAUUGCAGCAGGGUUUCAGUGCAUGUCAGUAAACCUGAUAUACUGUAUUGUCUUUGUCAGUUCAAUAUAUUUUCUAAUUGUUCACCAUGACGUGUUAAUUAUUUAGAAAGUGUUUCUGAACAUCCAGGCAGGGUAGGGAUUUGCCAGUAAUAUCAUUGCUUUGACUUAAUUACAUUGUGUCAGUAAAAAUAUUUUGUGUGUUUUCACUCUUGAAAUUUGUUCAUAUUGUUUUAUAGACAAGCAUCAUUUUCAAUACAAAUGUUCUAUGUUUAUUUGAAAAGAAUUAUGGUUGUGGUGUUAUAAAUGUGAAUUCUAAAUAUAUCCAUUAGGUCAC